AUGUCUUCUUGGAGGCCAGCGCGAAAGCUCAGCCCCAGAGGCCCAAGCUCUCGGCUUUCUAGAACGCUCUUCCUGCUGCUGCUGUCUAUGGCCUCAGCCCACGAGGUCACCCCCAAACCCGCCGCCUGCUUGGUGUCCCAUUCCGUCAACGGCAGCUCUGUCUCCUGCCACCCCCCCGCCCAAAUCCCCCACCGCUUCCCGGCCGACACGGUCUACCUGGUGGUGGAGUUUUUCAACCUCACGCGGCUGCGCGAGGACACCCUCCGGGGCCUCACUCGCCUCCAGGAACUGCACCUCUCCACCAACCGGCUGGAGAGCCUCCCGCCCAAGUUUCUGGUGCCCGCGCCGCAGCUGGAGGUGCUGGACCUGACCCGCAACGCCCUGAGCCGCCUGCCCCCCGGCCUCUUCGGGGCCUUGGCCGCUCUCCACACCCUGGUGCUGAAGGAAAACCGGCUGGAGGGCCUGGAGCCGUCGUGGCUGCGGGGUCUGAAAGCCCUACGGCAUCUGGACCUCUCGGAAAACCACCUCCAGACCCUGCCCCCGGGGCUCUUAGCCAACGUCACCUCCCUGCGCGUCCUUGACCUCAGCAGUAACCAGCUGAAGGCUUUGCCCCCAGACCUCCUGAAAGGCCCCCUGCAGCUCGAAAGGCUGCAUCUGGAAGGCAACAGACUGCAGGUGCUGGGGGAGGCGCUCCUGGCGCCCCAGCCGGACCUUCGCUACCUCUUCCUGAAUGACAAUGAGCUGGCCACCGUGGAGGCCGGCGCCUUCCGGCCGCUGCGGCAGCUGGACAUGCUGGACCUCUCCAGCAACCUGCUCACCGGCGUGCCCAAGGGGCUCUGGACUUCCCUGGGGCGGCCCACCCGGGACAUGAAGGACGGCUUCGACAUCUCUGGAAACCCCUGGAUCUGUGACCGGGACCUGGAAGACCUCUGUGGGUGGCUUGAGGCCAACAGACACAAGAUGUUCUCUCAGAAUGAAACGCGCUGCGCUGGGCCUGAAGCCUUGAAGGGCCAGAUGCUUCUGGCAGCGGCCGGGUCCCACUGAGCCUGGGGCCGGGCUGGGGACACAGGGCUGGGAGCACACUGCCCGCUACUUGGCAAGAGAACUCACCUUCAGCUUUCCGGAGCUGGCGGAUGGGCCCACCUGGGCCCAGCUUCCCCAGACACCUUGGGCUCUCUGGGCUCCCUGUACCCUCUUCCGAGAACUCCUUUCCCUGUUUUCCAGAUCUCUUGGUCUCCAGGCGCCACAGCCUGCUCGGCCUCCCUCUGGCUCAGCCCUGGCCGCGCUGGGGUUGUCUGUGUCUAGCUCUGUCUCCCCCGCUUUGAGGGCCUCUCUGGAUGCAGGACCUGGGGCUGGGUUGCCUUGUAGCCAGCGUCACCCAGUUUGGGGCCAGAGCCGAGGGGUUAAUAAAUAACUGUGGAAAGGAACUGGGUGAACUGGAAGUCACUGUGCCCCAAGCAUCCCCUAAGUCGACUUCCUAGGUCUCCAGAAGGAAGGAGGAGGGUAAGGGAUUGCAGCUGGGAUCUGAGAGCUUGUGGCUCCUCCUCUCCCCUCCCCCUCAAUUCAAGACUUAACUGCAAAUAAAACCCUGACCGUUGCCCGGA